AUGGACAAAAUCAAUGGAUUGCCUGAUGACGUGCUGGUGAAGAUAUUAUCAUUUCUUCCGACAAAAGAAGCUGUAUCCACUUGCGUUUUGUCUAAUCGAUGGGAGUUUCUUUGGAUGUGGUUAACUAAACUCGAGUUCAUCAAUUCUAUGUCGGAUCCAAGGCCUGGACUUGGGGAUUUUUUAGACAAGAAGUUGCCAUUACAUAGAGCUCCCGUCAUAGAAAGCUUGUGUUACCACGUAACUUGUAAUUCACAUAUUAAACCUAAAAAUGUGAAACAGUGGAUUGAAAUCGCAAUUUCUCGCUGUGUACGUGAGCUGGAAAUUGAUUAUUAUCCCAAUGGUGAAAAAUUCUUCAUAUUUCCCAGUAGCUUGUUUACCUGCAAAUCGCUCGUGACCUUGAAACUCCAAAAGAUAACUCACAUGGAUGUUCCCUCUAUGGUUUGUCUUGUCUCUCUUAAAACUUUGCAACUUGAGACGACGGCUAGUUAUUUUUUCGUAGAUGGAGAAUCUCUUCAACGGCUUCUAUCUGGUUGUCCUGUUCUUGAAGAUCUGUCGUUGUGUUUCGAAGCAGAUGAAGAACAAAUGAAAGAGUUCACUAUAAUCAUCCCGUCUUUGCAGAGUUUUUCACUCUUUGUACGUACUGAUGGGAAUUUUGAUGGGUAUGAGAUAGAUACUCCUUCUUCAAAGUAUUUGAAACUAGUGGACUGGACUUAUGAGCCACACCACUACUCUUUAAUUAAGAAUAUGCCUAAGCUGAGGGAAGCAUAUGUCGAUCUUCUAUCCUCUUAUCCCAAGAAUCAAAUUCUUGGAUCAAUCAUAUCUGUCAAGCGUCUUACAAUAUGUUGUUUAGAGUCGAACAUCGUCUCUCAUCAAGUUCUCAACACAUAA